GAGAGGGAGACACAGGAGGUUUUGUCAGUGCAGCUAAAGGAAGAGAGAACACGCAAAUGACAAGAAAUUGAAAGCUGCACCUCCCCUUCUUCGCUCCUUAGAUCUCUUCUUUCAAGUGAUACACGCACGGGUGGGUGCCUGGGUUAACACUUAGCAAAGGAAUCUCUCUCUCUCCCUCUCUCUCUCUCUCUGUGUUAUUGUUUUUGGCUAAUAGCGAGGUGGAGUUGUUGAGGGACUGAGUCAACAGACCGAGAUAUGGGCUGUUGCGAGUCCACCUUCUCGAAAGGUCCCCGUACGGAAGAUAACAAGUACCACCGCCGUAACCACAAUCAACACCACAGCCACAGCAACUACCACAACCUCCCUUCCGCUAUUCCCCCACCCAACGGAACCGACUCUGGCGCUUCCGGAGCCAUCGCCACCGGUUAUGUAGGCGUGCCGGGAUUCUCGGAGUUCUCUCUGGCCGACCUGAGAGCGGCCACCAAUAACUUCAGCUCCGACCACAUCGUCUCCGAGAGCGGGGAGAAGGCUCCCAAUGUCGUCUACAAGGGCCGCCUCCAGAGCCAGAACCAGAACCAUCGCCGUUGGAUCGCCGUCAAGAAGUUCACCAAGCUCGCUUGGCCUGACCCCAAGCAGUUCGCCGAGGAAGCUUUUGGUGUUGGGAAGCUAAGGCACAAAAGGCUUGCGAAUCUAAUUGGGUAUUGCUGCGAUGGCGAUGAGAGGCUCCUUGUUGCGGAGUACAUGCCCAACGAUACCCUAGCCAAACAUCUAUUCCACUGGGAGAAUCAGACCAUUGAGUGGGCCAUGCGAUUAAGGGUUGCUUUGUACAUUUCUGAGGCAUUAGAUUAUUGUGGUACCCAAGGCCGCCCAUUAUAUCAUGACUUGAAUGCAUACAGGGUUCUCUUUGACGAGAAUGGUGAUCCUCGGCUUUCAUGUUUUGGCUUGAUGAAAAACAGUAUGGAUGGAAAAAGUUACAGCACAAAUCUUGCUUAUACACCUCCAGAGUAUCUGAGAAAUGGAAGAGUGACUCCAGAAAGCGUUAUCUUCAGCUUUGGGACUGUCCUUUUGGAUCUUCUCAGUGGAAAGCACAUCCCCCCGGGUCACGCUCUUGAUAUGAUACGGGGCAAAAACAUUCUUCUUCUCAUGGAUUCACAUUUGGAGGGUAACUUUUCAACUGAGGAGGCAACGGUGGUUUUUGAUAUUGCCUCACAAUGCUUGCAGUAUGAACCUAGGGAACGGCCGAAUACCAAAGACCUUGUUGCAACACUUGCCCCCCUACAAAAUAAACCCGAUGUUCCAUCUUAUGUGAUGCUGGGAAUCCCAAGGCACGAGGAUGCACCUCCUACGCCACAACACCCCCUUUCUCCAAUGGGUGAUGCCUGUUCAAGGAUGGACCUCACAGCUAUCCAUCAGAUCUUGGUCAUGACACACUACAAAGAUGAUGAAGGGUCCAAUGAGUUGUCUUUCCAAGAAUGGACCCAGCAAAUGAGAGAUAUGCUGGAGGCAAGAAAGCGUGGGGACUUGGCAUUUCGUGACAGAGAUUUCAGAUCCGCAAUAGACUCUUAUUCUCAGUUCAUAGACGUCGGAACCAUGGUUUCUCCAACGGUGUAUGCGCGACGAAGUCUUUGCCAUCUGAUGUGUGAUCAACCAGAUGCCGCCCUCCGAGAUGCAAUGCAAGCACAAUGUGUCUACCCCGAUUGGUCGACAGCCUUCUACAUGCAGGCAGUUGCACUUGCCAAGCUGGAUAUGCACAAGGAUGCAGCUGAUAUGUUGAAUGAGGCGGCAACGCUCGAAGAAAAAAGGCAACGUGGUGGAAGAGGGUCUUGAGAAUCAAUGCGGAAUUUAUUCUUUCAUAUAUUUGGUUUUCAAUUAAUUGUCGUUGUAACCAACAUGUGAUGUUUGUGUAAUGAAAAUUGGGAAUGUGGUUUCUGUUUAAAA